CGCGCAUGCGCCGGCGUGUGGCGUGCGGGGACGCGGAAGCGGAAGCACGGGUCUCCCGGGAGCCAUGGCAGCCGGGGGUCCGAGCCGCUCCGAGCGCAAGGCGGCGGAGCGGGUCCGGAGGCUGCGGGAGGAGCAGCAGCGGGAGCGCCUCCGCCAGGUGUCGCGCAUCCUGAGGAAAGCGGCGGCAGAGCGCAGCGCCGAGGAGGGCCGGCUGCUGGCCGAGAGCGAGGACCUAGUGACCGAACUGCAGGGCCGGAGCAGGCGGCGCGAGGGCCUGAAGCGGCGGCAGGAGGAGGUGUGCGACGCCCCGGAGGAGCUGCGGAGGAAGGUCCGGGAGUUGGCCGGCGCCGUCCGGAACGCCAAGCACCUGGUCGUCUACACAGGCGCGGGGAUCAGCACGGCAGCCUCUAUCCCAGAUUACCGGGGCCCUAAUGGAGUGUGGACGCUGCUUCAGAAAGGGAGGAGCAUCAGUGCCUCUGACCUGAGUGACGCCGAGCCGACCCUCACCCACAUGAGCAUUGCCCGCUUACAUGAGCAAAAACUGGUGCGGCACGUGGUUUCUCAGAACUGCGAUGGGCUCCACCUGCGGAGCGGGCUGCCUCGAACGGCCAUCUCGGAGCUCCACGGGAACAUGUACAUUGAAGUCUGCACAGCCUGCAAUCCUAACAGGGAGUAUGUGCGGGUGUUCGACGUGACAGAGCGCACCGCCCUGCACCGACACCAGACAGGCCGGGCCUGCCACAAGUGUGGGGCUCAGCUCCGGGACACCAUUGUGCACUUUGGGGAGAGAGGAACACUGGGGCAACCUCUAAACUGGGAGGCGGCCACCCAAGCUGCCAGCAAAGCAGACACGAUCCUGUGUUUGGGCUCCAGCUUAAAGGUUCUAAAGAAGUAUCCACACCUCUGGUGUAUGACCAAGCCCCCCAGCAGGCGGCCCAAGCUCUACAUUGUGAAUUUGCAGUGGACCCCAAAGGAUGACUGGGCUGCCCUGAAGCUCCAUGGGAAGUGUGAUGAUGUCAUGCAGCUCCUUAUGGAUGAGCUGGGCCUGGAGAUCCCCCCCUACAGCAGGUGGCACGACCCCAUCUUCUCCCUGGCAGUUCCCCUGCGUGCAGGCGAAGAAGGCAGCCACAGCCGAAAGUCACUGUGCAGAAGCCCAGAGGAGCCACCGCCUGGGAUUGGGGGCGCACCGCUUAGCUCAUCCCCCGUCCUCGGUGGCUGGUUCGGCAGGGGCUGCACCAAACGCGUGAAAAGGAAGAAAGUGACGUAACCUGGUUGGUGACCUAGAACAACAGUUGGCACUUUGCAGCUGGCUCAAUUCAGGGGCGAGGGACUCCUGGAAGGCCAGGGCUGCCCAUUUUCACCAUGACCCGUUUAGCCAUUUGCCCCUGUGGGAAGUCCCCUUGCACUGCUGUGGUUGCCCCGGCGUGGGCCUGACCAUGGAGCCGAUCGUCCAGCCUUUCCGCAGACAUGCCUCUGCGAGAACAGAACUCGGGUUAUUUCACACCUGGCCGGCCACGAGGAAGCGCACGGCUGCCUUACCUCGUUCACCAGGCUAGUUCUCAGGGGUCUUAACCCUAUUUCUACUACUUACUAAAAAUGUUAACUUUAUAGGAACCUUUUUCUGUAUUGGUUUUGCGGCAAAGGGGUGGUUUUGAGCCUUGGCUCUCAGCGUACCGUUUGUUGUUAUUAAAUAUCUCUGCACUGUU